UGAUCAUUUAAACAAUUUGUUUCUAACAACGUGCUCAUGACAAUGAUGGCAAAAUAAUCGGUUCGUAUUGCGUCCAUGGUACAAUAGGGUGGUUUGCCAUUUUCGCUAAUGGAUUUUUCAUUGAUGGGCGAAGGAUAUUUUCACAUAGAUACUUGCCAGUAGUUACAGCCAUGGAGUGCUUCACCAGCCUUUGGUCUCGACAUCCCGUCGAAGACCAAAUACCGCCGCCCUGGUACAUCGACGAGCCCCGCACAACUAGCUCCAAAACAUCGGAGAAUCUGACCUACACCCGGAACGAAUUCCUGGAGAUCGUCGAGCGUAGCCGCAGGAACUGUCUCGAGUACUUGCUGAGGAAUUCCCGGGCGAUGGACCUGCGGGACGUGGUCAAAAAUAAGGCCGAAAAGCACAGGAACUUCUACGAGCGGCUAAUAGAAAACGACAGUACCAAAGAUGCUGUGGCUACCGACGCACAGAUGGCGUCACGCACACCGGACGAAAGUGCCGAUUGUGGUGGUACCCAGGGGGUGAGCCGGCAACGAAAGCAGGGUGUGCACGAGAUGCAGACACCCAAAGACACCAUUACGUUCCAGAGCGUGAGGAGGCUGCGCGACAACUACACCGCCAUGCUCGAAAAGAAGAACAAGGAGAACCUCAAACACGAACUGGUACCACCCCCGAACAGCGGCUAUUGCAGCUCGACAGCUUCGAACAACAGCGACGACGAAAAGGGGUUCGUGCCGAAGGCGAAUGUGCGAAGAUGCGGGUCGAACGACAGCGCGAUGGGGCAGAGCGACGACGACGGGGUCAUCGGGUCGAAUUGGGGCGAGAAGUGCGAACCGGCCGGCGAACAAUACGAAGAGGAAAACAGAUACCCAUACAGCCCGUACAGUCCAAGGGGUUCGAUUGAUCAUUCGAACGUGCCAAGCCGGACGUUGAUAGAGGCCCAAUACGUCCCAAUCGUCGACCGGAAACUGAGUGACAGUGCUAGUGUUAGUGAAGUGGACCCUGUUAGUGACAGUCGAAGGGAGAGUUGCGUCACCGAUGACGGGGACGAGACCCGUCACUACAGAUAUUGGCGUACCCCUUCCGUAGUCGUCAGCGAUUAUUCCGACGACAUUAUGGGCUUCAGUUUGGAGGAUUUGGAGUACAUUAGGAGCAGGAAGGAGAACUCGAGCUCUCCGGACUCCAGUCUUCACAGCUCGUGCAGCAAUUUGAACUAUUGCGGGUCGACGAUCAGCGGUCUGGACACCGAGUACGUCUUGGCGAAGCCUUUUAGGAAGUCCUCCAAUUGCUCCACGUGCAGCACUUUGAGCGGUGACGAGGAUGGGGACAGUUUGCACCCGUAUAAAAAAGAGCCCUCUGGUUGGAGGAAGCUCAGGAAUAUUGUGCAAUGGACGCCGUUCUUUCAAACCUACAGGAAACAAAGGUAUCCCUGGGUACAACUAGCCGGUCAUCAAGGAAACUUCAAGGCAGGACCUGACCAAGGAACAAUACUGAAAAAGCUGUGCCCCAAGGAAGAAAAAUGUUUUAAAAUAUUAAUGAAGGAUGUUUUAAGGCCGUACGUCCCCGAAUACAAAGGUCUCGUCGUCAGCGAGGAUGGCGAAUGUUCUUACAUCCAGCUCCAAGAUCUUCUCGGAGACUUCGUGUCCCCUUGCGUUAUGGACUGCAAGAUUGGGGUGCGGACUUACUUGGAAGAAGAGCUGGCGAAGGCUAAGGAAAAGCCCAAACUCCGCAAGGAUAUGUAUGAGAAAAUGUGCCAAAUUGAUCAAGAUGCGCCGACGGAAGAAGAACACAGGGCGAAGGGUGUGACGAAACCUAGAUAUAUGGUAUGGAGGGAGACGAUUUCGUCGACUGCAACUCUGGGAUUUCGGAUAGAGGGUAUACGUAAUGCAGAUGGCUCGUCCAGUAAAGAUUUCAAAACAACUAAAACUAAAGAACAAAUCAUCAAGGCGUUUGAGAGUUUCACCGACGGGUUUCCACACGCAAUCACAAAAUACAUACAAAGGUUGCAAGCCAUUAAAGCGACAUUAGAGUCGUCAGAAUUCUUCAACACACAUGAGAUAAUUGGCAGCUCGUUACUCUUUGUCCACGAUCGGUAUACUGCAAACGUAUGGCUUAUUGACUUUGCCAAAACAAUAAGUCUACCGGAAAACGUAAAAAUCGACCACAAUUCAUCUUGGAGGGUAGGAAAUCAUGAGGAUGGUUAUUUGGUGGGUGUCAACAAUCUAAUAAAAAUCUUUAAAACAAUGUGCGAGAACCAGCCAGUAGCUAUCAGUCCCCCUUUAUCCUUGCAAGAUCCUAAGGAACUGGAAGACCAGGAACUAAAACAAGAAAGCACUUGACGGAUUGUUGAUAUACAUCCUGGAUGAUGAAAUGAGAGGCUAUCAAAGUACACUGUGCCUAAUAUUUUCAUAAACUAUGAUUUCUAUAAAAAAGGGUAUUAUUUAUUUUUAUUUAUAUGUGAAACUUUAGCGUUGCCAUUUUUUAAUACCUCUUUAUUCAAUUUGGCAACUUAGUUUCAGAUUUUUUGCACUGAGACGUUGUACCUAUAAAAAUCCAUUAUUUGUGAAUGGAUUGUCGAAUUAGUUUGUAGAUUAUAUAUGAUCAUAUAAGAAUAAUUUAUUUAUGUAAAUUUACUUGUUAGGCAUUGCUUUUAAUUCAUUUUUAUCAUGUCAUUGUUUAUAUCAUUAAAUUUAGUUAAUGUUA